CCUCUGGCCUCCAUUCUUGCUAAUUUUCAUUUUCUUCAAGCGGGACAAUUAUAAAAACGACUGACGGAACCUGAGCCAUGUUUCUGUAUAACUUGACCCUGCAGGCCCCCAAUGCCAUUAACCAGGCGAUCCUUGGUAACUUCUCAGGGACUCGUCAGCAGGAGCUUAUUGUCUCUCAUGUCUCAAGGAUCGAGUUGCUUAGGCCAGACACAACUACUGGAAAGGUCCAUUCUAUUCUCUCUCACGAUGUAUUUGGUGUUGUCCGAUCCCUAGCUUCAUUUCGCCUGACUGGAGCAUCUAAAGACUACAUUGUCAUUGGAUCAGAUUCAGGAAGGAUCGUUAUUUUGGAAUAUAACCCGGCCAAGAAUGUGUUUGAAAAGGUACAUCAGGAGACAUUUGGCAAGUCUGGAUGUCGAAGAAUUGUGCCAGGACAGUACCUUGCCACAGAUCCGAAGGGUCGUGCCGUCAUGAUUGGUUCGAUGGAAAAACAGAAACUCGUGUAUAUUUUGAACAGAGAUAUCGCGGCUAGGUUAACGAUUGGAUCGCCUUUGGAAGCGCAUAAGUCCCAUACAAUUGUACAUUAUUGCACAGGAGUCGAUGUUGGGUUCGAAAACCCUAUAUUUGCGUGCCUGGAAGUUGACUAUUCAGAGGCUGAUCAGGAUCCUAAGGGGGAGGCUCUCAGGGAAACUGAAAAGAUGUUGACAUACUACGAAUUAGAUCUUGGUCUGAAUCAUGUUGUUAGAAAAUGGAGCGAAGCAGUCGAUCGCAAAGCAAAUAUGCUAGUAGCAGUACCCGGUGGCACUGAUGGGCCGUCAGGAGUUUUAGUGUGUUCAGAAAAUUAUAUUACUUAUAAGCAUAUCGCCUCCGCUACUCUCUCAGUACCUAUACCAAGACGGGAGAGCCCAUUGGAGAACAAGGACAGAGGACUAUUGAUCGUAUCAGGAGUCGUUCAUAAAAUGAAGAACUCAUUCUUCUUAUUGUUACAAAGCGAAGAAGGUGAUUUAUACAAGGUCACGAUUGACUACACAGGGGACACCGUAAACGAAAUUAAAAUCAAGUACUUUGACACAGUUUCGGUCGCCUCAGGGCUUUGUAUUCUGAAGAGCGGAUUCUUAUUUGUCGCCAGCGAAUUUGGAAAUCAUCAUUUUUACCAGUUCGAAAAAUUGGGUGACGAUGAUGAUACCCCUGAAUAUUCCAGUAAUGACUUUAUGGGAGCUGACGGCGAACAUCUGAAUAUCAGAGUAUACUUCAAACCAAGGCCACUGGAGAAUUUGCUUCUAGUUGAUGAACUAGCCAGUAUGGCUCCUUUGACAGAUGCCAAGGUUUUGAAUCUUACUGACGAAGAUACGCCACAGAUUUACGCGCUAUGUGGCCGAGGUGCACGUUCAACGAUGAGGAUAUUGAGACAUGGAUUAGAGGUUACGGAGAUGGCUGUGUCGCCCCUACCUGCUAACCCAACAGCAGUCUGGACUACCCGACUGACAGCUGACGAUCUAUAUGACCAAUAUAUUGUUGUUUCCUUCUCUAAUGCAACACUGGUACUUUCUAUUGGCGAAACAGUGGAAGAGGUUACUGAUACUGGCUUUUUAGCAACAACACCAACGAUCACAGUCCAGCAGCUUGGCCAAGAUGCGUUGCUUCAGGUCUAUCCACAGGGCAUCCGACAUAUUCGCGCUAACAAACAGGUAACAGAAUGGAGGGCUCCAGGAGGCAGACAGAUUGUACGCGCGGCCACAAAUCGGCAACAAGUUGUGAUCGCAUUGACUGGUGGUGAGCUUGUCUAUUUUGAAGUCGAUGAUGUCGGAAAUUUAAGCGAAUCACAUGUGCGUAGGGAAAUGUCUGGCAAUGUCACUUGCCUUAGCAUUCAGCCCUUGCCUAAAGGAAGGAGGCGUGUUCGUUUCUUAGCUGUUGGAUGCGAUGAUAAUACGGUCCGUAUUCUCAGCCUAGAUGCUUCAUCAUGUCUAGAACCUCUAAGUUUACAGGCUUUAUCAGCCAUCCCUGAAUCUCUAGUUAUGAUCGACAUGCCGGAUCAAAUCUCUGAAGGAUCAUUGACAACAUUAUACUUGAAUAUCGGUUUGCAGAACGGAGUCUUGCUCCGCACUGUUUUGGAUCAGACGACAGGUCAGCUCUCGGACACUCGUACACGUUUCUUAGGCGCACGUGCAGUUCGACUUUUUGAAUUGAACAUGGCAGGCAAUCCCUCAGUUUUAGCACUCUCAAGCCGACCAUGGCUUAGCUACCAAUUGCAGUCGCGUAUUCAUCUGAACCCAUUAUCAUACGAAGCACUGGAGUAUGCAGCCAGCUUUACGUCCAAGCAGUGUCUGGAGGGAGUUGUAGCAAUUGCAGGAAAGGAGCUCAAGAUUUUUACUAUCGAAAAAUUUGGACAAGUCUUUAAUGAGACAGCUAUCCAACUGACAUACACGCCACGCCGCUUUGUUGUCAACCCUGUACACAAAACAAUUGCGGUCAUUGAAACCGAUCAUCAGACUUACUCCACACUGGAAAAGAAGAAGAGGCUUGAGGAGCUUGGAUUCGCUAUGCGGGAGGAGGAAGAACUCGACCCUGUCGUCUUUGGACAUGCUAGAUCUUUGCCCGGCAAAUGGGCAUCGUUGAUCAGGAUCCUCAACCCAGCAACGGGGGAGACAACAUUUACGCUCGAGCUCGAGCAGAAUGAAGCUGCAUUGAGUGUAGCGGUACUUAAUUUUGCAGUCGAAGCAAACGAGUUGUUCUUGGCAGUCGGCACAGCAGCAGAUUUGACUUUGCAACCAAAAUCGCUGUCAUCGGGCUUCAUCCAUAUUUACAAGUUUGUAAAUGAAGGCAAAGGUCUGGAGUUGGUCCAUAAAACACCAGUAGAGGAAGUGCCACAAGCACUCCUUCAUUUCCAGGGUCGUCUCUUGGCAGGUGUCGGCAAGAUUUUACGCGUAUACGAUCUUGGCAAGCGUAAACUUCUCAGGAAGACUGAAAACCGCAUGAUUCCAAAUGCGAUCGUGACGUUGCACAAUCAAGGAGGGCGCAUCAUUAUAGGAGAUGUGCAAGAAUCACUUCACUAUGCAUCAUACAUUCCUGCAGACAACAAGAUCGUUACUUUCGCAGAUGACAAGUCACCGAGAUGGGUUACGUGCUCUGCAAUGAUUGAUUACGACACUGUGGCUGCAGGAGACAAGUUUGGUAACUUCUUUGUCAAUCGAUUGCCGCAGAAGCUCAGUCAAGAGAUUGAUGAGGACGAGGCAGGUUCCAAAUCUGUGGGAAAGGGUUAUCUCCAUGGAGCCGCACACAAGGUGGACAUGUUGGCACAUUACCAUGUAGGUGACAUUUUAACGUCAUUGGCUAAGACAAGCUUUGUGGCAGGAGGGCGCGAAAUGAUUUUGUAUACAUCGUUCCUGGGUGGAAUUGGUAUAUUUAUCCCGUUCCAGACCAAGGAGGAUAUCGAUUUUUUCCAGACACUGGAGAUGCAUAUGCGGAAUGAGAUGCCUCCUUUGGCGGGCCGUGAUCACUUGAGUUACCGUGGAUAUCAUGUUCCUGUGAAGGGAACUGUGGAUGGCGAUAUUUGCGAGCAAUACAACUUGCUAUCAGGUGACAAGAAGAGGAUGAUUGCAGAAGAGCUGGAUAGGACACCGGCUGAAAUUCAAAAGAAGAUUGAGGAUAUGCGUAUUCGAGCAAUCUAAAGUCUAGAGAAAGUGGGUCAUUUUUUAUUAGACCAUUCAGUAAAAUCAGAUCAGUGUGUAAUAGGGGAUGAAUUGCGCCAGAUAAAAAGAUGAGCACUAUCUUAA